GAAAAUACAAACAAGUGUCUAGCACAUGAUCGCUAGCGAGCUGUUUGAGUUUUUUUUUUAUGGGUAAAAUAGCUAAAUUAGGUUUAAUUCGUUGUAGGCAGAACUCUAGUUCUUUAUGAAGAAAUGUAGCUAUGUCAUUUGUGUUUUGUAUGCCUUAAACAGAGAUAAAGUCAAGUGAAUAGACGUUGUUUGAUUUGUAGCUAACGUUAACGUUAGCAUGGACAAAAUAGCUAGGCUAUGUGCAAAGAUGAUACAGGAGUCCUCUUUUAAAUUAGCUGGAUUCAUUUAAAUAUUAUAUUUAUCAUCAUACAGGUUAGCCAAAAGGCUGUAAAAAUGUAUGGCGCUCCUGUGGAUUUAUCAUUCAAAUGCCUCAGCUCAAUGACAGACGCUCUGACGGAGGAGCCAAAUCAGGGCUUGCGGCCACUGAAGCGAAAUGCAGAGAGGAAGUUCUGCAGCCGCUCGCUGCGUCUCAACAACAACAUCAUCACAGACUUGAGUGGCUUCAAUAAUACGGUCUCAGCCUUCCUCUCAGAGCCCUCACAGCUCGCCUGGGUCGACCUGUCCUUCAACGACAUCUCACACAUAGACCCAGUCCUGGUGGAGCUGAAGGAACUGCGGGUGUUGUAUCUCCAUGGUAACAGCAUCUGUAACCUUUCAGAGGUGGAUAAGCUGGGCGCCCUGCCCUUCCUCCAUACACUCACCCUGCACGGCAACACCAUGGAGAAUGAGGGGAGCAACAGGGGGUAUGUGAUUGCGGCUCUGCCUCACUUGAAGAAGUUGGACUUCAGUGCUGUAACACGGCAGGAGCGAAUCAUGGCCCAGGUCUGGCAUCGCCCCGGAAACCGUGGCAAAAUCACUAGGAAGAACCAGGACAACUGACCUGUCACCACAGAAACGGAGGGAGGGGGGGACACAAUCGUCAUGCCAACCAACCAAAACGUUCCAGAACAACAGGCUUACAUCAGGAGGCCUUAUGACUGAAGCAUCAUGUAAAAGUACAAUAUGAAUCUACUCAUCAAAACUCUUGUCUGGUGUCUGUCUUAGAGUUGGUCUGUCUUAGAGUUGGGUGCGAAGGAAUAGUACAUCUACAGUAGAUGUGAUUUCUGCUUAAUUAGGAUAUUUCUGACCUUUUUGUGACCUUGACCUAUAUAAUUAUUGAACUGGAACAGUGGCCACCAAGGCUAAAGGUAUAGAAUCCUCUCAAUCAAACUGUCCAAUAUGCACCUUUGUACACUGAACAAAAAUAUAACGCAACAUGCAACAAUUUCAAAGAUUUUACUUAGUUACAGUCCAUAAGGAAAUCAGUCAAUUUAAAUAAUUAAUUAAGCCCUACAUCUAUGGAUUUCACAUGACUGGGAAUAGAUACCUUACAAAAAAAGGUAGGGGCGUGAAUCACAAAACCAGUCAGUAUCUGGUGUGACCACCAUUUGCUUCAUGCGGGACACAUCUCCUUCGCAUAGAGCUGAUCAGGCUGUUGAUUGUGGCCUGUGGAAUGUUGUCCCCCAAUGGCUGUGGAAUGUUAUUGGCGGGAACUGGAACACGCUGUCGUACAUGUCGAUCCAGAGCAUCCCAAACAUGCUCAAUGGGUGACAUGUCUGGUGAGUAUGCAGGCCAUGGAAGAACUGGGACAUUUUCAGCUUCCAGGAGUUGUGUACAGAUCCUUGUGACAUGGGGCUGUGGAUUAUCAUGCUGAAACAUGAGGUGAUGGUGGAGGAUGAAUGGCACGGCAAUGUGCCUCAGGAUCUCGUCACUGUAUCUCUGCAUUCAAAUCACAAUCAAUAAAAUGCUAUUGUGUUCA